AACAUUGCUAAUUCACGCUAUAUUGAAAACUAACCCAUUUGGUUUAUAGAAAAUUUACAUUUCGUUUUUCAUUGGUUUUAAAAUAAGAUUCCACAAUUCUUCUAAAACUUACGGAGUGAAUUUCUUAGUUGACGUAUUUUAUUUUUUUCCCAAUUCUUUUAAAUGCUCCUUACCGUUGGACUUAUCUUCUGGGUACAGAACCUUAUUUGGAGAGCAAUUAUUCAGGCUACUAAUUUUACUCGGAAAUAAACAGGCUUUAGCCCUCCUUUCCAUUCACAGAUUCCACACCACCUCUCCAAAAUUCGUCAUCUUUUCCGUCUUUUAAAGGCCCUCCUUUUCUUUUCAACUCACUUGAGAUCGAUUUGAAAUCCCUCUUUUAUAAAUUUCUUGUCUUCAUUAUCCCCUCUUUAAUCGCAAUCCCAAAACAACAAAAAUCAAGAAUAAUCCAAUGGCGAAGAUCAAUGCCCUCCGCCGUCUCUUCCUGCCGUGCUUCACCCCCGCCACCGCUAACCACCACCCGCUUCCAAUCACGGUGGCCGGCGGCGGCGCCAAGAAGAGGCUGAGCACAUCCCUCCGCGACGAUCUUGACGACCCGAAGCCGAAAGAGGGGAGGAAAGGCGGAACAGAGCAGGAGGAGGAGUACUCUGACCCCGACAGCCCCACGUGUCCCCCCGCCGCCGCCUCCCUGCCGCCGCGCUCCUCCAAGACGAUGGUCGUCGGCACCAUUUUCGGCCACCGCCGCGGGGGCCACGUCUGGUUCUGCGUCCAGCACGACCGUCUCAACACCAGACCCUCUCUGCUCCUCGAGCUCUCCAUCGCCGCCACGACGCUGACCCAAGAAAUGGGCGGCGGACUCGUCAGGAUCGCCCUCGAGUUCAAGCUUGACUCGCCCGAGUCGGAACUCAGCCGAUGCCCGCUCCACUCCAUCCCGCUCUGGACCCUGUUCUGUAACGGGCGCAAACUCGGGUUCGCGGUCCGGAGGCGGCCCACGCAGCAGACCCGGCUCAUGCUCAAGACAAUGCAGUCAAUUUCCGUAGGGGCAGGCGUGAUUCCAUCCGGGUUCGGGUCGGGCGUGGACGAACCGGAAGACCUCAUGUACAUGCGGGCCAACUACGAGUGCAUAACCGGGGGAGCCGAUUCCGAGUCGUUUCAUUUGAUCAACCCGGAUGAAGGUCCGGGUCAAGAGUUCAGCAUCUUCUUGCUCCGGUCUAGGUAAACCCAGGCCGAGUCUUGGCCGGAAUUGGAUUUCAAGAACUCUGGUUCUUGACAUUUCACUGAUUCAAUUCCAAUCUUCUUGGGUCAUGGAUUUCUACGGAUUACCCCACCCAAAAAAAAAAAAAAUCUUUUUGGAGAAUAUUGCUGGUAGUGCAAAAUGCAAAUAAUUCUUUCAUUCAAGU